AUGAAUGGCGUAAUAGUUCGACUAUAUAAGAUCGUGACCGCAAACGAUUCAACCACAUUCUACUCCAGUAUGAAAGUUGACUUGCUACUACUCCUUUCAUUGGCUUUUGCCGCUACUGCUGCAAAACAGAAUGAGAAUUUCAAUCUUCGUAUUACCAAUGGCUAUCCAGCCUACGAGGGCAAAGCUCCCUACAUAGUCAGUCUCCUGAUAAGAACUGAUAAUAGUAAUAUCAUUGCAAUAGGAGGUGGCACCAUCAUCGGCAAUACUUGGGUGCUGACUGCCGCCCAUUGUUUAACCACGGACUAUGUGGACAUUCAUUACGGCUCUGUUUGGCGAGGCAAUGGCCUAUAUUAUCACCGAGUUCGAAAGGACAACUUUAUUCGUCACCAGCUCUGGCCCGAUACCAACGGCAAUGACAUCGGUCUAAUACGCACUCCGCACGUUGACUUUACAUCAAGGGUCAAUAAGGUUAAUCUGCCCAGUUUCAGUCAACGGAAUGAACUCUUUGAGAACUGGUGGGCAGUAACUUGUGGCUGGGGAGGACAGGCUAAUGGUAAGCUGGCUGACUGGCUACAGUGUGUGGAUCUACAAAUCAUGGGCAACAACGAGUGCGAAAGAAGCUACGGCAGUCUGCCAAAUGGCGUAUUGUGUGUGAGAACACCUGAUGGAAAAUCCACCUGCGGGGGUGACUCUGGUGGCCCAUUGGUAACUCACAAUAAUCCCGUUUUAGUAGGCGUUACAUCUUUUGGUUCCACAGAAGGUUGCAUGCUCGGAAAACCAGCUGGGUUUACCCGUGUGACCGCCCACUUGGACUGGAUACGUGAUCACUCUGGAAUCGCUUAUUAAUAAACUAUGCAGUUUUGCAAAUGG